GUCAAUCAAUGGAAGCCGGACGGUUGAUCUUCGGCGCGGGAAUUCGGGACGUUUUGAACCGAGUGAUGGGCCGGAUCAACGUUAUUACUUCUGAAAUGAAAUCCUGCCCUCAAGUCAUAGUUGACAUAUAGCGACCCCUGGCGUGGUUUUCAUGGCAAGAGACUAACAGAGGUGGUUUGCCAUUGCCUGCCUCUGCAACCCUGGUCCUCGUUGGAGGUCUCCCAUCCAAUUUCUAAUCAAGGCUGACCCUGCUGAGCUUCUGAGAGAUCUUACAUUUUUAAGUUUAAGAGAUCCCUUUGAUGAUUGUCCUGUGUCUUUAAAACAAUGGCCCAGACAAAAGAUGACAAUGAAUUGGAAAUACUUGAAAAAGAAAUAAAGGACUUCAGGACUACCUUCAAAACCGCUUGUUGUAGUGAACCCAUUGAACAGACAUUGGGGCUGAGAGAUCUGUGGCUUGAAUCUAUUAGCAACCUUUCAGAUAAAUGGUCUAAGAGAUUAAAAGAAGGGGACCUAAUGAUCAACAGAUUUCAGGAAUAUACAAAUGAGUUGCUCCAGAAGAACAAAUCAAUUGAAGAAAAACAGGAGAAUCUAUCAGAAGUUCUUGCUAGCAUCAAGGAUGGGGAAAAGCAAAAUGCUGACUUGAUGAACAGCAUUCAAGAACUCAAGGAGAGGUUGGUCAGAAAAAGUGAAACUAAAAGUCAAGACACAGAAGAAAAGCUGGAAAGACUCAGCAAGGUGGAAAAGACUUUUAAAGAGCGGACUGGGCUAGAAAUACGCAAAACUUGUGCUAAUCAUUUGCAGUUUAUAUUCCGCUGCAUUGACCACAAAGAUCCUGACAAGCCUUAUGUGCUUACCCUUUCCAUAAAUGAAGCGGGAGCCUAUGAAGUGAUCUCUUGUUCUCCUUCCUUGGACUGCAUAGAAGAACUGCAGCUAAAAGUGAGAGAAACCAACAAUUUUUCUGCAUUCAUUGCUAACAUUAGGAAAGCCUUCAUUGCUUUGUCAUAUAAGUGACAUCUUGUAAUACCGAUCAUCCUGUCUUUGUGCCUUUUUUUUAAAACUGGGGGUGGGGGGGGGAACGGAAUAAAGGUCUUUAUCACAUACAAUAGAAGCAUUUCUGUUUUGUGAUAGUCAAAAUGCAACCUGUGUGUGUGUGUGUGUGUGUGUGGCCACAGCUAUGAGAUAUGUAGGUUACGGCAAUCAACUUUGACUUCCAAGGACCAAUUAAGUUCUAAGAUCUUCGCCUCUGAAUAAG